GCCUAAAUACAGAAAGAUUCGUCCUAUAACAAUAAUAUCUACCACAAAAAAAGUUGGUUCAAAAAAAUUGAAAAGAAAAAGGGACGAACUUUCAGAUAUUGAAAUAAAUAAAGAAGUGGAUCAAUCUGGGUCAAAUGAAGUUGAAGAAACUUCAAAUUUAAACGAUGAAGAAACUUUAAAUACGGAUAAUGUUACCAAUGGUACCAAUAAUCAACAGAAUAUGGAUCGAUCUACGACAAAAAAUUCUGCACGAAAAAAGGUAACUCCGAAAAAGAACGAACAAUCUACUACUACUACCAACAAAGAAGUUGGUAAGAAUGAAACCACCUCCAAUAAAUUGAAAAACAAGAAUACCAAAAUUUCUGACCGAAAAGAAAUUUCAACUAUAGAAAAUCAUCGUAAUAAUAUUAUUAAUAAUGAAGAUCCC